UGGGAACUUUCUGCCUGUUCCUUCGGGGCUAGCCUGGCCUUGACGCGGGGCGAUCGGCGCACCCUCUUGUCUUUCUGUCUGUCUGUCACUCCGUCCGUUUGUCUGUCAGUGGGUGGAAAGAUUUCAGCUGUCGGCUCUUGCAUCUUUCCUGCGCCAUCUCUACUUCCCUCACUCUGACAACUUACUUCUGGUUUUCAGUUCUUCAUAACAGUGCUGUUUCCAUUGCUUGUCAAUCACUGACUGAGUCAGUCAGUCAUUCUCCUUAGUUCAAGACUCUUCUUUCCCUCCAAGCGCAGUACAUGCCUCCGAAGGUUUCCCUCCUAUUUUCAGCUUCCAUCCUCGCUCGCUCCCUACACCAGCGGCUUGUCCGCUCCAUAAAAUGGCGGAGUCCACCGUCCCCGAGCCCACGGGCCGCUCCUCCAUCCCUGAGCACAGUCUGACCGACGAGACGAAACAUGCGGACCUGGAGAGCCAGAAAUUACAGCCCGGCUCGAGCUCGGACUCCGAAGGGGAAGUGGGCAGACAAAUUCAACUGGAGGCAGAGAAUUCGAUCAAAUAUCGCACAUGUAGUUGGCAAAAGACGGCGGCGCUGCUCUUCUCCGAGUACAUCUGCCUGGCUAUCAUGUCGUUUCCCUGGUCCUACUCCGUUCUGGGGUUAGUACCUGGGUUGAUCCUGACAGUGUUUAUCGCCAUGACUGUGUUGUAUACUUCGUUGAUCAUUUGGCGUUUCUGUUUGCGACAUCCUCACGUACGCGAUGUGUGCGACAUUGGACAGAUGAUUUUCUGGGAUUCGAAGGUGGUCUGGUACUUGACGGCUGUCAUGUUCCUGCUUAACAACACCUUUAUUCAGGGCCUCCAUUGCCUCGUUGGCGCAGAAUAUCUCAACACGAUCACCGGACAUGGAGCCUGUACAAUCGUCUUCUCCGUUGUGACGGCGGUCAUCUCAUUCGUUUGCUCCCUCCCGCGGACCUUCGACGCGCUCUCCAAGGUGGCCACCCUCUCCGCGUUCACCACUUUCAUCUCCGUUAUGCUCGCCCUUAUCUUCUCCGCUAUCGAAGACCACCCGGCCGGCUACACUCCGGCCAAGGGCGACCCCAUCGUGACCGCUGUACCUGUGGCCGGCACAACUUUCGUCUCGGGCGUCAGCGCAUUCCUCAACAUCAGCUACACCUUCGUCGGCCAGAUCACGCUUCCGAGCUUCAUCGCUGAAAUGCGCGAGCCCAAGGACUUCUGGAAGUCCGUCACCGCCGUCACAAUCGCCGAGAUCAUCGUCUUCUCCCUCGUCGGCGCCAUCGUGUACGCCUACACCGGUAAUCAAUACAUCACCUCGCCCGCGUUCGGCUCCCUCGGCAACGAGACCUACAAGAAGGUCUCCUUCUCCUUCAUGAUCCCCACCCUCGUGUUUCUGGGCGUCUUGUACGCCUCCGUCUCCGCCCGCUUCCUCUUCUUCCGCCUCUUCGACGGCACCCGCCACAAGGGCAACCACACCGUCGUCGGCUGGGCCGCCUGGGCCGGGAUUCUGUGUUGUCUGUGGAUCGCCGCCUUCAUUAUCGCAGAGGUCAUCCCCUUCUUCUCCGAUCUAGAGUCCAUCAUGAGCGCCCUGUUCGAUUCGUUCUUCGGGUUCAUCUUCUGGGGUACGGCGUACCUGCGCAUGCGCCGCGAGGAUUACGGGCCGGGAUUCUAUAAGAAUCGCGGGUGGAAGGGCUGGUUGGGUUUUAUCGUGAACGUCGGAUUGAUUCUCGCGGGGUUGUUCUUCUUGGGACCGGGUACUUAUGCCUCCAUCGAAAGUGUGAUCAUCAGCUACCGAGAAGGAACAGUCGGGAGUCCAUUCUCAUGUGCGGACACAGGCUUGUAAAAAAUAUAGCAGGGAGCGGAUGCAAAGAUGCAGAGAUGCCGAAAUGCAGAACACAACACGAUCUUUUUCUGUUGAAGUUGCUUCAGCCCUUGAGUGGGUAACGACCUGAUUCACCAGCCGCCGCCCCUCCCCCACAUAUCCAAAAGCUGUUUUGUGGGCUUUUUCUUUCGAUUUGUGUAAGAUGAUGUGCAACCCCCCACUUUUUGUCUCAUCUCUCUGUAUGUGUAUUCUUUUCUGGGGCGGCGAGCGAGGGGCAUGAAGACAGAAUGACGCACUAUACUUUUUUUUUAAUGUUUGCAUGGGGUGUUCUGGAUAUCAAACUUGGCUCUGCAUUUUCAUGUUCCCUGAAAAGAGGUAUGAGGGACGGUUUUUCGACAAAAGAUAUGUGUAUGAUCCAACCCUUCUUUUAGGGCUUAUUUCCCAGUGUAUGGCUGCGUAAUGCAAUGCAAGGCAGUACAUUGACCAAUGAUGAAACCAGA